UGGUGGUAUUGGUGGUGUUGAUGGUGGUGGUAUUGGUGGAGUUGGUGGUGUUGUUGGUGGUGGUCUUGGUGGUGUUGUUUGUGAUGGUGGUGUUGUUGGUGGUUGUGGUGGUCGUGUUGGUGUGUUUGUGAUGGUGUUGGUGGUGGUGUUGGUGGUGGUGUUGGUGAUGUUGAUGGUGGUGUUGAUGGUGGUGUUGUUGAUUGUGGUGUUGGUGGUUGUUGUGUUGGUGGUCUUGGUGGUGGUGUUGGUGUUGGUGGUGUUGAUGGUGGUGGUAUUGUUGGUGUUCGUGGUGUUGAUGGUGGUGUUGUUGAUUGUGGUGUUAUUGGUGGUCGUGUUGGUGGUCUUGGUGGUGGUGUUGGUUGUGGUGAUGUUAGUGGUGUUGAUGGAGGUGAUGUUGAUGGGGGUGGUAUUGGUGAUGUUUUUGGUUAUGGUGUUGAUGGUGGUGAUAGUCUUGUUGGUGGUGGUGGUGGUGGUGUUGGUGGUAUUGUUGGUGAUGGUGGUGUUGUUGAUUGUACGAUCCAUCCUGGGUUUAACCAGGCUGGAUUGUGUGAGGGGCUCACAAAUGCUUGAAAGAUCUGGAGACAUUCCCACCAGUAAGUUCGUCCGGCAGGCAAGGCUGCAUUGGCUGGGUCUUGUAGACCGCAUACCCAAGCAGUUUAUUUUGGUUGCAUAAAGGGGGCUAAACGGGCACGACAUGGGCUGUCAAAAUAUGGACUGAUGCUGUAUGGGAGGAUGUGGAGCUGAGUGGACUUGCAGAAGACUGGUAUCAGUGGUGUGGAUAGCAUCCUUCACGAGGAAGCUCGUGAAGGAUCCUACCGGGCAGUAGGAGGCAGUCGCCUUCCAACAACAACUGAGGACAGAGGAGUGACGCUCACAACGAGUAGCGGAUAAAAUUCAACAAGUUGGCACAGUUGGGGAUACAGCUGGUGUAUCUACCAGUCAUCUCAGCCAACCUUUGGAACCUGGGUCUAUCCCGUGACGUCUUGUCAGCCUUCGACACUUCACGUGGACUAAAAGUGCACCUGGCCCGGCACAGGUGCCGUGGUGUCAUCACCCCUACUUAGUGGCGAAUGUCGGUUGUUGUUGUUUUUGUAUUUCGUGUUGUGAGUGGUGAUGAUGUGAGUCUGUGUUGACAAUGUGGGUUCAUGGUGAGGAUGUAAGCCCGCGUUGUGACUCAUGUUGAGAUCUGGGAGCCCUCACGCCCUCUCGACUCUUUGUGAUCCUCGCCUUCGUCUCCUGCUCCGCACGCAGAGACCCGGACUGUGCGAGAGACGCUGUGAGAUCUUUGCACCCUGCUCUGCAAGUUGCUACCAUGGAGAUGAGCCGAGGUGGAGAGGCGAGGAGUAAGGGCGAAUCUUGCACCACGUGGAGUGCGCUGUCCUCAGAGGGCAACGCCUCCAUCUGCAGCAAAUCACCGCAAGAAAUCCUGGCUCUCUUUGGCCCUCACUUGACCAACCGUGAGAAGCUAGAACUCGCAGCCAUGCAGGAAGUGUGGUACUUUGCACUUUUCAACAAAUCUCAGGGAUUCAACAAUGAUGGAUACGACGACUACGAACGAAAUUACAUUCUGUUCCGGCAUGAGCACCUCCGCUAUCGCUAUGAGGUGCUGAAGAAGAUUGGAGAAGGAGGUCAAGGCCAGGUGAUCCAGUGCCUUGAUCACAAAAGGAACAUCCUGGUGGCCAUCAAGAUCCUGGUGUCACCAUCGAGCUCCAAGCAAGAAACAUACCAGAAGAUGGAGCUCCAGAUAGCUCUGGAACUUCAGGACGAGGGCAGUGAUGAAGAUUUCAACGUCAUCAAAGUCCUGAACAUAUUUCAUUUCAGAGGACACUACUGUAUCGUCAUGGAGCUGUUGAAGGAGAGCCUUCAUGAAGUGAUUAGGAAUGCGGGGCUCCGGCGGUUGGACAUGGCGAUGGUGAAAACCUACACCAGGGGCAUCCUCAAGUUCUUGCGCCACAUACAUUCCAGGAAAAUCGUCCACGCGGACAUCAAGCCAGAAAAUGUUCUCGUCAAAGACACCGUGACUGGCACCGUGAGGAUCACGGACUUUGGCACGAGCUUUUUUGUGGAAAGUCAACCUAUGAAUGUUGGUGGGACCCUAGAAUACUUGGCUCCGGAGCUGUUGCUGGGCUAUAGCUUGACAUGUGGAGUGGAUAUGUGGGCGCUGGGCUGCACGGUGGCUGAGUUGGCGACGGGCAGGGAAUUAUUCCGGUCCAACAGCCACGAAGAUCACCUCCCGCGCUGCAUAGAGAUUCUGGGGAUGCCUCCAAGGUACAUGGUGAAUGGAGCACCCGACAGAACGCAGUUCUUUGACCAUCGGGGGAAGAUGUUCUGCCCAGGCAAGAAAAGGGUUCCGGGGAGCUUCCCACUUCACAGGGUGCUCAAAAGCGAUGACCCGGAGUUUGUCAAAUUCAUCAGCUCCUGUUUGCGACUCAUGGUGGGCAAAGAGUGGAGCCGGCACAGCGCCCAUACCUCCUUGCUCGCCCAGGCCUCUAAAGAGAAGUUGAAGGUUGUGGAGGAAGAAGACCAUGGUGGAGGAGCUGGUGGUGCUGGAGGAGAGGAGACUCUGGUGAGGAGAGACGCUGGUGGAGGAGUUUGGGUACUUGAGGAGACGCUGGUGGAGGAGUUGAUGGUACAGGAGACGCUGGUGGAGGAGUUGGUGGUACAGGAGACGCUGGUGGAGGAGUUGGUGGUACAGGAGACUCUGGUGGAGGAGUUGGUGGUACAGGAGACUCUGGUGGAGGAGUUGGUGGUACUUGAGGAGACGCUGGUAGAGGAGUUGGUGGUACAGGAGACCCUAGUGGAGGAGUUUGUGGUACAGGAGACGCUGGUGGAGGAGUUGGAGAUACAGAAGGAGACCCUGUUGGAGGAGUUGGUGGUACAGGAGACUCUGGUGGAGGAGUUGGUGGUACAGGAGACUCUGGUGGAGGAGUUGGUGGUACUUGAGGAGACGCUGGUGGAGGAGUUGGUGGUACAGGAGACUCUGGUGGAGAAGUUGGUAGUACUUGAGGAGACCCUGGUGGAGGAGUUGGUGGUACAGGAGACCCUGGUGGAGGAGUUGAUGGUACAGCAGGAGAAGAGGAAGCAAGGGAGCCUGGCCCGCAUAGGGAGAGCCAUCCGCUCACUCCUCCGACGUGUGCUGCUUUGUGGUGGCCGGUCCACUGCACAGUAGGGGUGGUAGAGGUGGUGGAUUGGUGUGAACCCUGACGACUUUCACCACACUCAAAACACUCACCCUGCACCCAACCACCCUGU